AUGCUUGAUGGGGUGCGUAGAUUCCAUGAGCAAGAUGCUGAGGUGAAGAAAAAAUUCUACUCACGUGAUAUUACAAAGAGGGUGUUCUACAACACAAACUUCAACUUUUAUAAAGCUUCAGAGGUUAAUUGGAGGGACACCCUCUCUUGUCUAUUGGCACCAGGGCCCCUUGACCCUCACCAACUCCCUUGUAUUUGCAGAGAUGUAACAAUUAAAUACUUAGAUCAUGUCAAAAAACUGGCACUGACUCUGUUAGAAUUGUUUUCGGAGGCAUUAGGCCUAGAACGCAGUUACCUUAAGGACAUAGAUUGUGCUGAAGGGAUUUUCAUGCUUGGACAUUAUUACCCUCCUUGCCCUGAGCCUGAACUCACUUGGGGGUUAAGUUCUCAUACAGAUGUGGGCUUUGUAACUAUACUUUUGCAAGACCAAGUUGGUGGACUUCAAGUCUUAUAUGAAAACCAGUGGAUUGAUGUCACUCCUAUUCCUGGUGCUUUCAUCAUUAAUCUUGGUGAUAUGAUGCAGAAAACAUUAAUUCCCAAAAUGCGCAUAGAUGAAAAUGUUUCUGCAAAUGCGCACCCCCAACUCGCAAGGAGCAACAACGAAAUGGAAAUGGGAUACACCUCAAGGAUACUAUCCACGAAAUGGGGUCAUGGCACUGACAGAAACCAUUUCGUGCCUGGCACAAAGGAAAUGGAGCAUGUCAAGGUUGCUGUCCACGAAAUGGAGCAAUACAUGCAUGGCAAGCACGAAAUGGGCACUUCAUUGAUGGCACGAAAUGGGGGGGUGGCAGUCAAAGUCUCAGUGUUGCAGUUCCCGUACGAGCAUGCAUUGGGUGAAAGUGAGCCGGCACGUGUCUUGACUCCGCAUGGCACGCUGGUCGAUGUUUUCUCUGUAGACGAAGCAGAUUCGAGUAUGGAGAUUAGGAGGCAGAUGCUGGAGCCGUAUCUAAAAAGAGCCGGCUUCUAUUAUGCGCUCUGA